AUGAAUCAGCGAUUGGCCUGUCCACCAAGGGUUUGCGGAGGUUUUACGCCGCCUGCCAAUGGAUGGUGGCCAUUGGUCUUCAUGUUUGAAACAGUUGCCAUGUUGUUUGACCGGUCGUUUGCGUCGAGUGUUGUUAAUUCGGCACUCGGCACAAAAUCUUUGAGGUGCCUUUUGUACGAAGGAGGCCCUCUCAGGUGUGUUUCACGACUGGUUAAACCUGGUAUCCGGUUUGACCGCUAUGCUGUAUUGGGUGAUGAUGUUCUCAGCACCGAUCCAGCUGUGGCCGAGCACUACCGUGCUAGUUUGAAAAGACUUGGUGUCUCCGAGCACAAGUCCUUAAUCUCUUCCAUGGGUAGUGUUGAGUUCGCCAAACGCUUCUUGGUGAAGGGGAUGCAAAUCGAUCUUUCCCCCGUAUCCAUGAAGUCGUUGCUUGGCUUCCACCAUCCAUACGGCCUUAUGGCUAUACAUGAGAAGUACGACCUUAAACGGUUCAGUACUUUCGUGCGUAUUGGUGGUGGAGGCUACCGGACUCUCUCCAAUCUCAAUAAUAUUAAGUCCUCGAAAUGGAGGAGGCUUAAGCUUAUGUGGGAUAAGAGGCGGCUACCGCUCGAGUACCUCCUAGGUUCGGGAGUACCAUUGAACCCAUAUCUCCAUGGAGAGCUUGUUAGGCUUCUCCGUCGGAAGAUGGCCCCAAAAGAUUUAGUUACCAUCGCGGUAUAG